AUGGAUUGGCUCCUCUUCAGGAACAUUCGCCUCUUGAUGGUUUUCCUGGUGGCGCUGGAAGUAAACAGUGAAUUUAUUGUUGAGGUCAAAGAGCUGGACGUGGAAAAGGGCACGACCAAGUGGCAAACUGUCAGGAGACAGAAGCGCGAGUGGAUCAAGUUCGCGGCGGCGUGUCGCGAAGGAGAGGACAACUCCAAGCGGAACCCCAUCGCCAGAAUCCGAUCAGACUGCGAAGUGAGCCAGAAGAUCACGUACCGCAUCUCUGGGGUAGGCAUUGACCGGCCGCCGUACGGGGUGUUCACCAUCAACCCUCAGACGGGGGAGAUUAACAUCACCUCCGUGGUGGACAGAGAGAUAACUCCCCUUUUCCUGAUCUAUUGCCGGGCUCUGAAUUCACGGGGUGAAGACUUAGAAAGGCCCCUUGAGCUUAGAGUCAAAGUGAUGGACAUAAACGACAACCCUCCGGUGUUUACACAAAACGUGUACACAGGCAGCAUCGAAGAGAACAGCGAUGCGAACACACUGGUGGUGAAGUUAAGUGCCACCGAUGCGGAUGAAGACAAUCACCUGAACUCUAAAAUCGCCUACAAGAUCAUCUCUCAGGAGCCAGCAGGUGCGCCAAUGUUCAUCCUGAACAGGUACACCGGCGAGGUCCGCACCAUGUCCAGCUUCCUCGACAGAGAGGAGCACAGUAUGUACAACCUCCUCGUGCGGGGCUCGGACCGAGACGGAGCUGCAGAUGGACUGUCCUCGGAGUGUGCGUGUAGGAUCCAGGUCUUAGAUGUCAACGAUAAUUUCCCCACCUUGGAGAAAACCUCCUACUCAGCAAGCAUUGAGGAGAAUUGUUUGAAUUCGGAACUGAUGCGGUUAAAAGCAAUUGAUCUGGAUGAGGAAGGCACGGAUAAUUGGCUGGCGAAAUAUGUAAUUCUCUCCGGGAAUGAUGGGAAUUGGUUUGAGAUUCAAACAGACCCACGAACCAAUGAAGGCAUUUUGAGAGUUGUCAAGAUGCUGGAUUAUGAACAAAUGCCUAAUAUUCAUCUUAGCAUUGGAGUCAAAAACCAAGCUGAAUUUCACCACUCAGUUGCCUCUCGAUUCCGAAUGCAUUCAACCCCUGUGAGAAUUCAGGUCAUUAACGUGAGAGAAGGACCCACAUUUGAUCCAAACUCCAUGACUUUCAGUGUGCACGAAGGAGUAAGAGGGGAUUCCUUAAUGAAUUAUGUUCUUGGCACAUACACGGCUGUAGAUUUGGACACAGGGAAUCCUGCGACGAACGUCAGGUAUAUCAUAGGACACGAUGCUGGCAGCUGGUUAAAAGUUGACUCAAGGACUGGCGAGAUACAAUUUUCUAGGGAAUUUGAUAAGAAGUCAAAAUAUAUUACCAAUGGGAUAUACACAGCAGAGAUCCUGGCUAUCGAUGAUGGCUCUGGGAAAACGGCUACGGGAACCAUCUGCAUUGAAGUUCCUGAUGUCAAUGACUACUGUCCAGUCAUUGUUGCGGAAAGUAACGCCAUCUGCAUUGCCGCUCCAUCCAUCCUUAUAUCCGCGAGAGACGUUAACCAUCAUUCUUACGGGUCUCCCUUUUCCUUCUGUGUUGUUGACCAGCCACCAGGGACAGCUAACUUAUGGGAUAUCAAACCAGUAAAUGCUACCUCGGCCCUCCUGACGGCCGAGCAGCCGCUGUCAGCGGGGGCUUACCAAAUCCCAGUCCUGGUGAAGGACAGCUUCAACCGGGCGUGUGAACUGCCACAGACGGUUAAGAUCGAGGCCUGCGACUGUGACAUCAGCCAAACGUGCUUGCACGCGAGCACUCCGGGCAUCUCCACCGGGGAUGGCAGCUCAGUUACCGGCGACAUACACGGGCCUGUCCCUGGCGACCGCAUUGAGGGUUCAAACGUUGGCCUGGGACCAGCAGGGAUUGGCAUGAUGGCUCUGGGCCUCCUACUGCUGCUCUUGUCGCCGCUCCUGCUGCUCAUGUGCUGCUGCAAGCGCAGGCAGCCCGAGGGCCUGGGCACCCGGUUUGCCCCGGUGCCCGAGGGCGGAGAAGGCGUGAUCCAGUCCUGGAGGAUAGAAGGGGCCCAUCCCGAGGACAGGGAUGUGUCAAAUAUAUGUGUACCAAUAACAGCUUCCAAUACGCAGGAUCGUAUGGAUUCCUCCGAGAUCUACACGAACACGUACGCGGCCGGCGGCACGGUGGAGGGGGGCGUGUCGGGCGUGGAGCUGGGCACCGGGCUGGGCACCGGCCUGGCCGCCGGGGUGGGGGGCACCCUGCGGAGGAGAAGCUCCACACUGGGCCCCCCGAGGGAGCAGGCGGACGCGGGCCUGAACCUGGCGUUCCUGGACAGCUACUUCUCCGAGAAAGCGUACGUCUACGCAGAUGAAGAUGAAGGUCGACCAGCCAACGACUGCUUGCUCAUUUAUGACCACGAGGGAGUGGGGUCGCCUGUGGGCUCCAUCGGCUGCUGCAGUUGGAUUGUGGACGAUCUAGAUGAAGACUACCUGGAAACUUUAGAUCCCAAGUUUAGAACUCUCGCUGAAAUCUGCUUAGACACAGAAAUUGAACCAUUUCCCUCCCACCAAGCCUGUAUACCGAUCAGUACGGAUCUCCCUUUGCUCGGGCCUAAUUACUUUGUGAAUGAAUCUUCAGGAAUGACUCUCUCAGAGGCUGAAUUCCAAGCAGAAAUGGCAAUGGCUGAACCCGUGAUGCACGGGGACAUUGUGGUGACUGAGACUUACACGACCACCGAUCAGUGUAUGCAGCCCACCACGAUCGUGUUUGACCCUCAGCUUGCCCCCAAUGUGGUAGUAACGGAAACGGUAAUGACACCUGUCUACGAUGUUCAAGGGAAUCUUUGCGUCCCAGCUGAGUUAGCCAACGCGCAAAACGUCAUCUACACAGAGAGAGUAGUGUCUAGUCCUGGCGGGCCGGACAGGAGGAGUGGUAGCAUGGCUGAUGGUUGCAUGGGGCCUGUGAUGAGUGGCAGCAUUUUAGUAGGGCCAGAAAUUCAAGUGACACAAAUGGUGAGUCCCCCGGAUAUUCACAUAAGCCGAACCAUUGGUUCCACAUCCCCAAUGACAUCUCGACACAGAGUAACACGGUACAGUAACAUACAUUACUCCCAACAGUAA